AUGUCUGUCACUACCCAGGUUCCCAAGGAUUUUGACGCUGAGAAUGCGGACAACUUUGAGGAUAUCGAGAAGCAGUUCGCCGUCAAGGCCGUCCAGCAGAUGGCGACCUACUGGGCCAUCCUCGAAAAGGUGCCCGGCUCCAAGCUGCGGCUGACCAAGAUGGACGAUGACAUCUUCGAGCACCUCAAGAAGGACUUUCCCGAGUUCGACCCCGCCGUGCCUAUCGACGAGGACGAGAUGAAGAGCAAGACCGGCAAGGAUAGGUGGCGCACCUUCAUGAUGGCCUACGACAAGAAGAUUGACGACUACAACUUUGGCACUCUGCUGAGGGCCUCCCCCAAGACCGAGUACGGCGAGAAGGAGACCAUCUUUGUGCCGCGCAUGCAGUUCUAUGCCGUCGAGAUUGCGAGAAACCGCGCCGGCCUCAACGACUGGAUCUACGAGGAGGCGGAAAAGGAGAGGCAAAAGGCCAAGGGCAGCAGCAGCGCAUAG